AUUUAUUGUGGACGAACCACAACAGUGGAGAAAGACUGAAUCUGUUUCUCUUUUUGGUAUACCAAGAAACCAUAUUGUUUUUAUGAAGCACGUGGAAGUGUUUUUUUUUGCUUUUCAUAUUGCUAAUACAAGAGAAUAGAUAAGGGCAUGGCAUAUAAUUCUGCAUCCUACUCUCUAGAUGCAACAUUGAGCUCUUGAAACAUACCCAGAGUCCUAUUAAUUAGCCACUAUUAUUCUCUUUUCUCCUAAUCUAUUGAUUGUCACAUUAAUAAUUUGUAUUUUAGCAUGACUUUUUCCAAUGGCUUUAGACAAGAAAAUAGUGAUCUAAGAAUUACUCUGUAGUUUGUAAUCCUGUAUUUUAGCUUAACUUGAAUUGAAAAAUGGUGAAUAAAUACUCAUGUGUGAAUGAUCUAACAAUUAGCCCACAUUAUAUAGUUAUUCUGAUCUCCAUGGAAAUGAAAAAUGGUGCAGCUAUAUUGGAAAUGAAAAAUGGCACAACAUUAAUGUAAAUGGAAAAUGGCGUGGUACUGUAGCUUGCGUCAUUUUUCAUUUCUAUCCCUUUUUCUAAAGCUUUCGAAAAAGAGUUUGAUGUGAUGAUUACGCUAUUUUGGUGCAAAAACUAGAACAAAGGUUUCAGUGGUGAUUUAUUUCGGGCAACUAUGGAGAAGACAGAUCACCAGCAAAAGUUAUAUACAAAGAUGAGGCUCUGGGAGUUUCCGGACAAAUAUGUCAUUGAGCCUUCUGAUGGAUCUUCUGGUUCACGUUUGGCAGUCAGUAGGGAAGAUGCUUCAAUGAGUUUAAUUGAUGAUAUACCGCAUUGCAGUUCACUACGUGUUCCUAAAAUUAAGGAAAUAUUUGGUGUUGUUGGGAUGCUAAAGCUUGUGGCAGGAUCAUACUUAAUAGUCAUAACGGAACGUGAACAUGUUGGUUCUUACAUGGGCCAUCCAAUUUUUAGAGUUGCAUCAUUGAAGGUGUUACCAUGUGACCAUUCUCUCAAGAACUCUCCGAUAGAACAGAAAAAAAUGGAAGCCGAGUUUUCCGCUCUACUAAAUGUUGCAGAGAGCACUCUAGGCCUGUACUUUUCUUAUGAAGUCAAUAUAACACUGAGUUCACAAAGAUUAAAUGAUUUGGGUGAAUCUAAACUGCUUCCUCUUUGGAGACAGGCUCUGUUUGGAAUGCACUUCGGCUUAUUCAGCUUAUUCUACUCAUUAGUUGGCUGAGAUGGAUGUUAGUUUGUUACCAAGCACUUAUCCUUUACAAAAUCCAGUAGAUUCAGCCAAAUAUAUCCGUUACCAUUGAGGGAUCUUAACUCCAGAUAUUUGUUCCUUUGCACUGCAGGCAGACCCUCGGUUUGUUUGGAACAACUACAUCAUGGAAGUUCUUAUUGAUAGCAAGCUUGACCCCUUCUUGCUUCCCGUUCUCCAGGGAAGUUUUCACAACUUCCAAGCAGCCAUUGGAAAAGAUAUUAUUGAUGUUACACUGAUUGCACGAAGGUGCAAUAGAAGAACUGGAACACGGAUGUGGAGGAGAGGUGCUGAUUCUGAUGGAUAUGUUGCAAAUUUUGUGGAAAGUGAACAAAUCUUGUUAAUGAAUGGAUUUACAGCAUCAUUUGUUCAGGUCCGAGGGUCGAUCCCUUUAUUGUGGGAUCAGAUUGUUGAUUUGACAUAUAAGCCCAAGUUUGAAAUAGUCAGACAAGAGGAAGCACCUCGGGUUAUUGAGAGGCACUUUUUGGAUCUGAGAAAGAAAUAUGGGAAUGUGAUUGCCAUUGAUCUUGUCAAUAAGCUAGGAGGAGAGGGACGCUUAAGUGAAAGGUUCUGCAAUGCAAUGCAGCAUAGUGCUAGUGAAGAAGUGAAAUACUUGCACUUCGAUUUUCAUCACAUGUGUGGUCAUGUUCACUUUGAGAAUCUCUCAAUACUUUAUGACCAAAUUGAAGGCUUCCUCACCAAAAACAGGUACUUUCUACUGAAUGAAAAAGGUGAGAAAGUUGAGACACAACUUGGAGUUGUGAGGACUAAUUGCAUAGAUUGCUUAGAUCGAACAAAUGUCACUCAGAGCAUGAUUGGUAGGAAAAUGCUGGAAUUCCAAUUCAAAAGGCUUGGUAUUUUUAGUGCUGAUGAAACGAUUAGCAGCCACCCAAAUCUUGAUGAGAGCUUCAAAAAAUUGUGGGCUGAUCAUGGUGAUGACAUAAGUAUCCAAUAUUCCGGAACUCCCGCUUUAAAGGGAGAUUUUGUGAGAUGUGGUCAAAGAACAGCCCACGGGAUUAUGGCCGAUGGCUACAAUGCCCUGAAACGCUACUACUUGAACAACUUCCAAGACGGUACGAAACAGGAUGCAAUUGAUUUAUUGCAAGGGCAUUAUAUUGUCUCCGUUGCACGAGACACAAUGCAGUCAUCUCAGCGGGGAGGCAUUGAAGCUGUUGCUUCGUUUCCAGUGGCUUUUGCACUGAUCAUGCUCGGGUUGUUUCUGGCUGCAUUGUCGCUAAGACAAGUUCGAAAUGAUCCUUGGAACCUUUUAUUUUCAAUGAUUUGGGCAAGCAUGAGUGUGGGUAUAGCUGCAUUUGUGAAAGCCAAUGGCCGUGCUUUCUGCAAUCGCCCACGCCUCCACCAACCCAGACGCUGAAAUAACAAUAACAAUAAGUUUUAUUUUGGAUACAGUAUCUUAUUGUGUAAAUCUACAACAGAAACUUCAUUGAAUUUUAUAAAGAACAACCUAAUAUUUUGAAUUCUGCAGUUUAUGCAUAUACUUUGAUUAUUGUACUGAUCCGAAAAACUGUAUGCAUCCAACAACUCGCCAUUAAAACUAAAUAGUUC